AUGGGAGAACCUUCGUAUUCUAGCACAGAAUCGGAGCCAAAAUCCACUGAAGAGUCAAGCGUAUCUUCGUCAACGUUGUCCUCUUCGACGUCUUCACCCUCGUGCACGAUUACAGAAACGGCGUCUUCCUGCACUUUGAUAACAAGCUACGGAGUAGAUGCUGACGAUAGUACUACCUCAACCCUUACCACCACUUCAUGCACCCCUGUCAGUGGCUGUACUGUUACGGGAACUACUGAGACUGGUCUCACUACUUCGACAGCGACGGCCGGCUGUUACAGAUUUCCGGAUGAUUCCACCGCGGAAUUGAAGCGCGAUGUUCACGAAGACAACACCGGCUUCCUUGGUUUCUCGCUUGCAAGAGGCCGAGAAAAGGGCUUUUCUGAAUUCGGAGGUUGCAAUCUUGGCAUUGGGGAUGACCAGAUGUUUUAUCCAACGCACCCAGGCCCGGGAAAGAUCGUGGACUUCAUGAAAGAACGAAAUACCCCAUUAAAGGGAUUAUACAUUGUCCCAGAACAGGAUUGUGGAGUUGCGCCUAAAGUUUCAUUACUUUCUAACUUUGAUACUUUAACUUCGCAAGCCUAUUAUGACCAGGACAAGAAGAAAUAUGCUGCCAUGGGUGAAAGCAAGUCGCCUUUUGUUCAAACGGAGCAUGUUUUGCCGGCUUUCCUGGAUUAUCAGUUCUCGGAAGAUUUGAUUUCGUAG